UCGUUCUCUGCGCAGUUGAGUCCUGGCCGUGCGAUCGUGUCGCGCACGCGUAUCUGCCUUUGCUAAACUUUCCAAACUUCCGGUGCUCCUUGUUGCUUUGCUAAUUUCAGUUUGAGGCCAGGCCAUCUACUACGCACUGCCUGGUGGGUGGUUCACCUGGGGUCUGGUACCUGACUGAAGCGGAGCGGAGCUGGAGCCGAGUCUUCAGGCGCUAGCAACACACCCCAGAACGCCUGCAAGAACACUGCAAAAACACGGCACAACACUCACAGCUUGAAACAAGCGCCUGGAUACUGCUGGAAGCGACUGGCGACAUGUCAGGUCGGGCACGCCAUGUCAAUCCGGCCGCUCCCCGGUGAUGUCGUCGCGCAGAUCAGGUCCUCCAGCGCCAUUACCACCCUAAACGACGCCGUGUGCGGCCUGAUCCGCAACUCGCUGGAUGCGGGCGCCUCAAAAAUCAAUGUUUCGGUCGACUACAGCCGGGGCAACUGCCACGUCGAAGACAACGGGUUAGGGAUCCCCCCGGCCGACUUUGGAGAAGACGGAGGUCUUGGCAAGCUUCACUACACUUCACGAUAUCCGCCCAAAGCGGACUGCCAUGGCAAGCAUGGCGAGCUCGUGGCGUCUCUGGCGGCGCUCUCGCUGCUGUCCAUCACGUCCCACCACCACGAGUAUCGGUCGCACAACUCCCUGACCACCCACAAUGCCAAGGUAAUAGCCCGCAACAUGCCCGCCCUGCCUGAGCAGCAGAUAUUGGCUUUCCCGAGUGGCACGCGUGUCACCGUGCGUGAUCUCUUUGGCUCUAUGCCCGUUCGCGUCAAGCAUCGCGCUCUCGAAGCGGAACGGCUGGGCACCGUUAAGAACUUUGACCAGCUGGCUCACGCUGUUGUUGCUCUGUUGCUUGCGUGGCCUCGAGAAGCGACUGUCUCUCUUCGUGAUGCACAUUCCCGCCGCGCAGUUUCGCUUUCCACGCCUGAGCCUGCAGACCAGACCAGGAGCUCUCAGGCAUCUGAUAGGAUGGUUGCGCGGACCACGAGGCUUCUUGGACAAACUCCCUUGGCAGAACCACGGAGGCCAGAGUCGUGGAUAUCUGUUGGAGCCUCUGCCGAUGGCGUUUCUGUAAACGGCUGCAUCUCUUUACUCCCUGUGGCCACGAAGCGCGUGCAGUUCAUUGCUCUUGGCGUCCAGCCGCUGGACAACGAAGCAAAUUCAAACUUUUUCUACGAAGACUUCAACCGGGCCUUUGCCAACUCGACCUUUGGCGUGGUGGAGGACCUUGACUUUGAAGAGGGGCUUCCCCGGAAGACCUCCGGAUUCACGGGGAAAGAGCUGCGGCCAAAACGCGCCAUUGAUCGUUGGCCCAUGUUCGUCUUGCAGAUAACACUGGAGGGCGAAAUGGAGACCUGUGAUAUUGAAUCGUUGUUUGACGAGAGCCAUCAGAAGCUGGCGACAAUCGCAAAUCUACUCCAGGUGAUUGCGCACGAGUUUUUGAAGAAACACCAGUUCCGCCCCAGGGCUGUCAAUGCGUUGGACAGACUCGGAGCGUCAAACGGUAGCUCGGCUUUGGCAAGUCAAGCGUCUGUCCCGUCUUCGACAUCCUUGGCAACUAAAAGGCAGGCAAGACGGCCAUCUCCAAGAGUAGAUACGCCGAAAUCACACAAGCCUGCGGCGAGGAAAGCUGGAGGGCCUGACACGAGAAGUGCGUCGCCAUUCGCGUCCUGGUCUAGAGUGAAGUCUAGACGCCCAGAAAGUGCAGAGCUAAAAUAUCUUGGCUCAGGCACAUCCUCACUAGACAGUGAAGACUCUGCCCAGACAACAUCGGAGCCGCGCCACAGCACUGCGAAUCCCCUGUUUGGCCGGCCAGGGGGUCUCUUGCGGAAGCCAUUUGACGACGACGACGACGACGACGUAGCGGCAACUCCCUCUGCCCAGUCGCAGGAACAAAUUGCCGACCAGCCUACCGAGAAAGAGGGCCCCGAUACGGACGACACUAUAGUCUGGAUCGACCGAGCAACCAAGAUCAAGUCGCUUAUAAACUCGUCGCUUAUAAACUCGCGGACGGGCUUCAUGGUGAAUCGGGGGGACAUUGAGGGUGAAGGUAUCCCUCGACGUGCGCAGGUAAAGACGGUGCCCAGCCGCAGCUCAAAACCACCAAUGGAGGUCCGCAGCAGCCUGGUUUUUGCACCCACCGAGCCCCCCAUCCCUUGUGCUCCCCAGGUUUCCGAGCUGCUUGGAAUUGAGCAGGCAGGACACGACUGCUGCGGUGUCGAGGGCAUCAACGUCGACCUCCCCAACAGCGGCGUCUCGCUGGCCCUUUCGGGGAGGAUCUCCAAAGGCUCGCUCCGAAGAGCCGAGGUCAUUGGCCAAGUCGACCGCAAGUUCAUUUUGGCAAAGAUAUUUACGGCGCACUCUGACUUGGGGGCUUGCGCUGGGAAGACCGAGCGACAAGACGGCCAGCAGCAAUGCGUUCUUGUCCUCAUCGACCAGCAUGCCGCCGACGAGAGGUGCCGAGUGGAAGGGCUGAUGAAGGGGUAUUUCGCUCCGGACAACACUGCAGACGGCAAUCCGGUGGCGCAGAGCGAAACGUUGGAAAAGCCACUGCGCUUUGAUUUACCCAGACAGGAAGGCGAGCUCCUUGGCCGCUUCACGAAGCAUUUCCGGCACUGGGGCAUAUUCUAUGGCGUGUCCCGUGCGGCGUCGGCAGUGUCAGAGGAUGGCGCGGCCACCGUGGAGGUCCAGAGCCUGCCGCCGAGCAUCCUGGAGAGGUGCCGCGUGGAACCGAGACUUGUCGUCGAGCUGCUUCGGAAGCAGGUGUGGAAGCUCUACGACGACCAUGUGGGGCUGGCCGGCAGUGGUAUGGCUGGCGGCUCGAUGGCUAGCGGCUCGAUGGCUGGCGGCUCGAUGACUUCCGCCGAUGCAGAGCACGACUGGGUUCUGAGGUUCCACGAUUGCCCAGAGGGAAUCUUGGACCUCAUCAACUCGCGGUCUUGCCGAAGCGCCAUCAUGUUCAACGACGCGUUGACCUUGGAUGAAUGCUCAGACCUGGUCCAGCGCCUUGCCGGGUGCGCGUUCCCGUUUCAGUGUGCGCACGGGCGGCCGUCGAUGGUCCCGCUCCUUGACCUGACUUUCGGCUGCGAGGAGAAGAAGAUGAUGGUUUGUGGGGAGACGUCGGGCGGUGGGCAGGGGCAGGGGGCAGGGGGCAGGAGUGAUAAGCACAAGCACAUGGCAAGGUCCAUGCUGGGAUAGACGAUAUCAACGAUCGCCAAGCCCCUCCCCGUAUUUAGACAAUGUAUCAUCUAGAACAUUUAUCCUCUCAUCAUUGGUGUUUAAAACAUUCCUGAACCCAGGCUGCUGCCUCGACCUCGACUUUGACUUGAUCCCCAGGGUUAGGGUUGCCGCGUUCUGACAAGCCACGGCGGGGCGGGAGCUCAAGCUCUAGUGGGUCGGU